GUUGAAAUUUCAGACACUCUCGUGUGAAAAAAUAAUGUGCACUGUUGGGGUUGCGAUUCGAUGCCAAAAUUGACAAUUUUCAAAGUCUGUACAAAGAUAUUUUGUCCAGUCACAAUUAAAAGAUACGCGGCAGUGUUGCUCUAGUGUUUAUGCAAAGAAUCUCAGCGUCGCUUUGUUGUUAUCGCUUGGUGGUGCUGCCGCCGCUGCCUGUCUGCCAGUGAGGACGGACGCCUUUGUAGAGAAAUACAUAAUUUUGGCAAUCAAAUACUUGCACGUGGAAUGGAAUACACACCACAACGCCGCAACAUGAGCCAUACUCCAAACAAUGAAGUGAUGCUGGUCCCGGCCGCGACUCCUUCGCCAUCGCCGCUGGCCAAACUCGAUGUUGACUUUUCAGGCUCGAACUAUGAGAUGCACUCGAGCCUUUCUGAUGAGGAGCGUCGUUACUAUCUAAAGGAGUUCCCGAGCGUGGACACGAUCAACCAGCGGAAGGUGGACUGCACAGUAUGCAAACUGCACAUGGGCACUGCCCCUGGUUCGGAGGCAAGCAUCAAGAUGCACCCCAUUCUGCGCGUAACGCACUGCGUCAAGUGUCACGAAUUUUACAACAGUGGAGAGUUCUCAAAGGGCGAGGACGGUUCGGAGCUGUAUUGUCGGUGGUGCGGUCAGGGCGGUGAGGUCUAUUGUUGCUCCACAUGUCCAUAUGUUUUCUGCAAGUCGUGCAUCGUGAAGAAUCUUUCUCGCGGCGUCAUUAAAGACAUUGAGCAGAACGAGAACUGGAACUGCUUUAGCUGCACUCCCAAGAUCCUAUGGCCCCUGCGGGCCCAGCACUGGGCCCUAGUCAACUACAUCCAAACGCAGAAGCGAGGCCUGCAGAGCCUGCAAUUGCCCGAAAAGGAGGCGCGUCGCCAGAUGACGCAGGACAACAGUUUGUGCUGCCGUCUGGCCAAGGCUAAGUCCAACAACCUCUCCGAUUCCGCUGAGAGCCUUGAAUCAACCACUUCGAAGCGCAGCCACAACAGUUCUGUGAGCUCUGCGAAGAAGGGCUCGUCAUCAAAGCUGCAAGGUCCGCCCACCAAGCGUCCCAAGGCGUCAAACGACGAAGUCGUCUGUACGCCCGACUUGCUGACCAUGCUGGAGCCCGACUGUCAGAUUUCCAUGCCCCAAAAGCCGGCAGCGCGUCUCCCGGUCUUACCGGCUAACAUUACAAAAACGCCAAGGAUUGUCACCGUGCAACAAAACUAUACCGAACCCAGUCCCAGUCCCAGUCCCAGCAGCAAUGGUAAAAGUCCACCCCGAAUCAGCUUGCCUCCCCCUCUGGUACUGAGUGGCUCGGGAGUUCGGUAUCGCCAAAGUUCACCGGCCAGUGUUGUGCGUCGCACCGUGGUGCCCAAUAGCGUUAGGAACACUGGGCCCGUCUUCCACACUAUCAACGGGUUCCGGGUGGAUCUGAACAGCGCCGCGCAGCAGGACUCGUACCGGCUGCCCAAUGGACGGCUCAUCCAGGUCAAGCGCCAGAUGCCCCUUGGCAGUCAGCCCGCAACCGCUUUGACACCGCCCACUCCGAUGUCUGUGGGUCCACUGGGUCAGGUCCUAAUUCGACCCCGUUCUCUCGCAGCCGCUCCGCCAACCAUUCGCCAAGUUCACAGCAGCAGCACUAACAGCAGCCCAGGCGGCACUCCACCAUCCGUGGCCUCCAACAUUGGCAACAAUAUGGGGAUCUGCAAUCCGCAGAUUAAUCAACAGCAGCGAGCUCCUCAAGGUGUGCGCGUUGGAAAUAUAAGCCAGACAAGUGCCAGUGGCAGUGUAAAUGCCAAUGUCAAUGCCAAUGCCAGUGGCGGACCUUUACCGACGCUGGGUAACGCUAAUGGAGGAGAAGGGACUCUGAUAUACGCGGUGCAACCGAACAAGGCACCUGCAUUGAUGCGCCACGUGUUCCCCAAUAGCUCCAUUGGACAGGCGCGCGCCCAGCUGCAGGAGCAGAUAUUCAAUGCCAUGGACAUUUGCACACAUCUCACCGGAAAAGUAAUCUCUCUGACCCAUUCGAAUGCAUACAAUCAGGCGCGCAGCUAUAUGGAUCUUAAGGAGCUGUACAUUCAUAUGUCCUACCUUAUGACCUAUGCUAUCGGACGCUUCAAGCAUCUGCAGGAUAAGUGUCUGGUCGAUAUGCGUGACAUGGGCUUCAAGAACGAUGCCAACAGUCUGGAGAACGGCCAGUUGGCUGCUGAGAAACAAGCCAGUGAUGACGAGGAUAACGAGAUCGAGAUUGUGGAGCCCAAGACGGACACCAUCACCAUUGAUUCCGACAACGAGGACGAGGCGUGCUUGCUCUCUAGCAGCAAGAAGAUUAUGAAGAUAACUUCUGUUUCGUCUCAUUCUCCGAAGAUAGAUGUUCCGAAGAGGGAAGUCAUGGAAGUACUGCCGAGUGAGGCCGAUAUGGCAGCCUUUAGCUCAACAAUAUUAGCCAGUCUUCUCGAAGUGGAAAUUACUGAGGGCACUGCCGAGCUCAAGAAUGUUUCGCCAGGACACAAAAAGCAGCCUCGUAAGAAGACAACGAACAGGCCGAAUCCUGCAUUGCUCCAAUUGGAGCGCCAGCGCAUGGAGGAGAUAAAGCUCACCGAUGCCAAGCUAAAAAAAAAAGUCGUGGUCAAGUUGCGACGAGCAGAGGAAGAGUUUGAGGUGGCCCGUAAAUGGGCUAAGAACUGCGAUAAGCAGGCCAAGAGGGACCGCCAGGCUCAGCAGGCAAAGCCCGACGCUGAGGAAAACCCACUUACCGGACCCAAAGAGCCAAUUUCUAUCGAAGUAGUAAAAGGACCUGAACACUGUAUUAAUGGGGGGUCCAGCCCACGUAACCCAGUAGCUGACAAAGAAACGGAAAAGCCUGAGGCACCCCAAGAAACUAGCAGCAAGAAUGACAAAUCAGACGACCCAAAAAAAGAGAUUGCAAAUGAUGAUUACCUAAAAAUAGGAGAUGCAUCAGACAGGCAGCACGAGAAAGAUGACUCUGAAGCUCAAGCCGAAACUGAACCUCAACCCGAGCCAGCAGCUGAAGCGGAAGCGCAAGACGAAGUUCAAUCCAAACCUGAUGCUGUUGAUGAGCACAACAAAAAUGAAAUCUUUAGUACUAAUCCAGUUGAAGGUGAUGACAUGCAAUGGCUACAGUCCGAAACGGAUGCUGUGAAGGAUAAAUCAAUGGACACUUCCACUGAAAACCUUGCUGAUGUGCCGCUGGAAAGCAUGGACAAAAACGUCCCCAUUGAAAAAACUGAACAAAGAAAAGAUGAAGUAGGGGAAGAAGAUGAAUCAAAGGAUCUGGAUGGUAUUGGAGUGAGUGACCCAGCCAAAGAUCUCUCUCCCAUAGCAUCUACACCUGAAGCUAAAGCGUUUAAAGACAAGGAAAAUGAGAUGACAGUUGCGGAUAUAAAUCCUGAAAUUGUAGCUUCCGAUACUGACUCAGCCACGUUGGGAAUGCCAUUGCCAGAACCCAUCCUUAAUGAUGAUCAAAACGAGGAGAUCUGUAAGUACCCGCGUGAAUCUGAACCCAUAACGGAGACCGAAGCUGUUGCAGGUUUCAACGAGAAUGUCGAAUGGAAAUUGACACCAUCGGACGAGCCUUCCUCUAAUGGGACUGCAACUGGACAACUCAUUGGUUAGUUUGUGGAGAUCAUUCAAGAUCCUGACCACGACUUUGCAUAAAGCAUUGACAUCAUGGAUAUUAAAAUCACAUUAGUAACUUAUACUCUGUGUAUAUAAUACUUUAAUGAUCCAAUGAGAUACAAGAAAACUUCAAAUAAUUUGUUUAGUAACUUAAAUUUUGGUUUAAAUUAACUUAAACUUGUUUUAUAUAUAGCACAUAUAUUUGGCAUUCAUUCUUUCUUUAGUAAGUUUAUAUUUAUGAUACACAAAUGUACAAAGUGAAUGAAUAUUUAUCAUGUUAUAUUCUUGAGAAGCU